AUGGAUUUCUCAGAUGGCAUGACGGAUCUAGAUAUCCACAAUGUCAAUGAUAAACGUCUACGCGAUUCGCAAAAUGAUCCUGUCCUUUGGGCCGCCAUCAAAAAGAUUCGCGACCAUGCGAUUAAGGUGAUGGAGGACUUUGAUCGUUUUCUGAAUACCAAGAUAACCGAUCCAUGGGAAUUGCCCGGAGAAAAGACUUUCAAAUACUGGGAGAAUCUUAAACCCACGCUAGGUUUAUUGUGCUUAUUUGAUGAUAGUCCAAAUGGGAAAUUUGAACGCUCUCAAGAUAUUUCCCCACCGAGGCUCUGUUGGGUAGUAAUAGACGCCGAUCUCUCAUGCCACAUGGACGGCGCUCCUUUACACAAAUAUAAAGGACUGGCACAGAUGUUCGAUGGAGCACCGUGGUAG